GAAAAUAAAUUGAAAACCAGCAAAAAGAAAGUUCAUCAUGAGAUGAGAAGUGACUGCUUGUGAUAGAUAAACUGGAUUAGCCUUUUAGCUUUAAUGCUGCUUUCUCUGCAGCCAUUAAAUCCUGGUGAUGAGGCCAAAGACUGCUCUGCCUGUAUCUUUGCAUGUUUAAUUCACAGCUUUCCAUUUGUAUUUAAUAGAAGAAAAGGUGGGUCAGCACUUAAGGUACAUUAAACAACACGUUGUUGCUUUAUUUUUAUAUAUUUAUAUAAGUUCAGAUCCUGCAUAUUUAACAGAUACUGUAUCUCUCUGUUUUGUGGUGGCUGAAGUACAAAGCAGCUAAACUCAAUAGUGUUGCACUCAAGCACCAGUAAAGACUUAAUUUGACCUUGUUCAUUUUAAUUAGUUUUAUUGUGUUUAAUCUUUUAUCAGUCUUGUCAUAUUUUGAUGUUUUUCCUUUUAAUGCAGGCAGUUAUGUGCAGCACUUUGCUUUAGUAAUACUUUAUAAAUAAAACUGGCAAAGACAAUAUGGAAAACUUAGUUGAUGGUGAGGAUGGUGAGAACAUUCGACAAAACAAUAACUGUGGGAUUAUGCAGUUUUAUGCUUUGGUGUGGGAUAUAUUUGAUGUGACAGCUAAGACGUGGUACUAUCUUCAAAAUUCUAUAUAAAUGUAGCAAAACUGCAUUUCCGUUGAGAUCUUUUGCAUCUGUGCUACUAAAAUGCUAUAAAAAAUAUCAUAUACUAAUAUUUCUUUGUGAUUUUGGCAGGGUUUUCUUUUAGUUUAUCAUACUUUUUAAUGGAUGAGACACAAGUUAGCUGACCAAUACUGGUGAAACUUCAAAGAUAAAUAAAUCCUGUGUCAAAAUGCAUAUGCUGCACACUUUCUCUGACCAAUAUUUUAACUCCCAUUGAUUGAUUAGCACUCCCCGAUACUUAAACUGAGUCCAUUAAGUUUUGCAGACUCAUCAGUUGCGAACUAUCCCCACAUUCUUCUUCACUUGCACUGUGUUGCAAACCCACCUGAUAAAAACGUUUGUGCACAUGUGUAAAAUACUUUAUUUACGCAACUAUUCAGCCUCUGGUAAUACAUGCAGCACUAUGUUGACUUUUCUGAAGUAAACCUUCACAACUUGAAUAUUCCACCAUCCAGUUUUAUCGCAUUAAAAAAAUACCCAGUCACAAACGUCUGAUAUUUGCUUGCAUGUGAUUAAAACCACUUCACUUACUGAGUCUAUCACUGACCAAGUGUGGAGAUACAGGCAGCAAUACACAGGCUCAUUUGCACUAAGUGCUACUCAAAUCCCAGCCAUCAGCAGAAGUGGAUCAAUGCUUGGUUUUACAGUUUGCAUCACUGAAAUGACGGGGCUCAUAAAGUCACAGACCAUUAGUAAAGAAAUUCCUUCACCAAGAACUUCCUAUCCUCACUGGCACCACCCUUAAACACACAUGUGCACACCUGCUUCACAGCAGACAACUGGAGCUAAACCUGGAAAUGAGGCUCAGAUGGAUGUUUUUGCAAAUUAGGACAACUUUGGACUUUUUUUUUUUUUAAGUGAUCGGAGUUUCUGACUUGUUUUUUCUGAGGCGCCCUAGUCAAACUUGUCGAACUUGGGCAGCAUGAAUGUUCCCCAUUCAUGUGUUAUCCAUUUUCUCGGCUGGUCAGUGGUGUGAAUCAGUUCAUAGCUGCUGAUGCUGGUGCAAUGUCUGAUGAACUGAUGGAGCUUGAUGGAUGAAGGAGAUGGUAGGCAGCAGGUGAUAUUUUUCUAAGAAAAAGCUGGAUCAAUAGAUUAGUCAGUUCAGAAAAAGAGACGCUACUUUUAAUUUUUUUUUUAUGUUUGCAUUUUUUAUUCCAGCAGCAUUUUCAGAGCUGACAUCUAAUAUAAGUGAAUAAUGGGUUUAGAGGGAAUGGAAGUAAUUGCCAUUGCUGUUGUUGUUGGACUUUUUAUUGUUGUUCUCAGACAGUUUGGGAUUUGGGAGCCUUUGUCACUGGAAGACACCAGUGACAGUGACCUUGAGCUCUCCAUGGUGCGGCACCAGCCAGAGGGCCUCGACCAGCUCCAAGCCCAGACCCAGUUCACCAGGAAGGAGCUCCAGUCGCUUUACAGAGGCUUCAAAAAUGAAUGUCCCAGUGGGUUAGUAGAUGAAGAAACAUUCAAAACCAUCUACUCACAAUUCUUCCCUCAAGGAGAUGCAACCACAUAUGCUCAUUUUUUGUUCAACGCAUUCGACAUGGACAGAAACGGUUCCAUCCGAUUUGAGGAUUUUGUGUUAGGCCUGUCUGUUUUGCUUCGAGGCUCUGUUACAGAGAAACUUCGCUGGGCUUUUAAUCUUUAUGAUAUCAACAAAGAUGGCUACAUUACAAAGGAGGAAAUGUUAGCAAUAAUGACCUCCAUAUAUGACAUGAUGGGCAGGUAUACCUUACCCAGCGUACGAGAUGAUUCCCCGUUUGAGCAUGUGGAGAAGUUCUUCCAGAAAAUGGAUCGAAACAGGGAUGGAGUUGUGACAAUAGAUGAAUUCAUAGAAACCUGCCAAAGGGAUGAAAAUAUAAUGGCUUCCAUGCAGCUCUUUGAGAACGUCAUUUAGUUUCUGCAAAGAAAAUUGGACCUUAUAAUGCUUCUUCCUUCAAGCUCUUACUCUGAAGUAAUGCCAAUUGUAUUCUAACAGAGAUGAUUUUUGGCAAGAAAACACUUAGGACACAUGUUUAUAUAAACUAGGAAACCAUUCCUGUAAAAUGUGAACAUACAAAGAACUGUGCAGUAUCCACCACAUCACUUUAAAAGCUAUGUUUUUUUGCAUGAAAAUGUUUUAUA